CCCGGUAACGUGUGCUCCCCACCAAGUUGACUGUUACUUCUUCCUACACCCCUUCCUCUCCUUACCUCCUCCUCACCUCUCUCCCCUCUCUAAAACCUCGGCGACAUGACUCUUGUCACCCGCUCUGCCAUCCGCCUCUCGCGCCGCGGCGGCCAGCAGCUCAAGAACGCCCGCGCCAACGCGGCCUUCUUCACCACCGCUGCCAAGGCUGCCACCGCCCUCCCCCAGGCCCGCGCCGAGGCCCGCGUCAACGUUGCCCCCAAGCAGGCCAACGCUACCCGCGGCUACGCUACCCCCGCCAACCUCCAGACUGGUUCGAUCAAGUCGGUCAUUGGUGCCGUCGUCGACGUUCACUUCGAGUCGGAUGACCUCCCCGCUAUCCUCAACGCUCUUGACGUCCAGUUCGCUGAGGGCCAGCCCAAGCCCGAGGGCGGCCGUCUCGUUCUCGAGGUCUCGCAGCACCUCGGUGAGAACACCGUCCGUUGCAUUGCCAUGGACGGUACCGAGGGUCUUGUCCGUGGCCAGAAGGUCGUCGACACUGGUGCCCCCAUCACCAUCCCCGUCGGCCCCCAGACUCUUGGCCGUAUCAUGAACGUCAUUGGCCAGCCCAUUGACCAGCGUGGUGAGAUCAAGGGUGUUUCGACCCGCCCCAUCCACGCCGACCCCCCUGCCUUCGUCGAGCAGUCGACCCAGGCCGAGGUUCUCGAGACCGGUAUCAAGGUCGUCGACCUCCUUGCCCCUUAUGCCCGUGGUGGUAAGAUUGGUCUCUUCGGCGGUGCCGGUGUCGGCAAGACCGUCCUUAUCCAGGAGCUUAUCAACAACAUCGCCAAGGCCCACGGUGGUUACUCCGUCUUCACCGGUGUCGGUGAGCGUACCCGUGAGGGUAACGACCUGUACCACGAGAUGCGUGAGACUGGUGUCAUCAACCUUGAGGGUGACUCCAAGGUCGCUCUUGUCUUCGGCCAGAUGAACGAGCCCCCGGGAGCUCGUGCCCGUGUCGCUCUUACCGGCCUCACGAUCGCCGAGUACUUCCGUGACGAGGAGGGCCAGGACGUGCUUCUCUUCAUCGACAACAUUUUCCGUUUCACCCAGGCCGGUUCGGAGGUGUCUGCCCUUCUCGGUCGUAUCCCCUCGGCUGUCGGUUACCAGCCCACCCUCGCCACCGACAUGGGUGGUAUGCAGGAGCGUAUUACCACCACCAAGAAGGGUUCGAUUACCUCGGUCCAGGCCGUCUACGUCCCCGCCGACGACUUGACUGACCCCGCCCCCGCCACCACCUUCGCCCACCUUGACGCCACCACUGUGCUUUCGCGUGGUAUUGCCGAGCUCGGUAUCUACCCUGCCGUCGACCCCCUCGACUCCAAGUCGCGUAUGCUUGACCCCCGUGUCGUCGGUGAGCGCCACUACAACAUCGCCACCAAGACCCAGCAGAUCCUCCAGGCCUACAAGUCGCUCCAGGACAUUAUCGCCAUUCUCGGCAUGGACGAGCUUUCCGAGGAGGACAAGCUCACCGUCGAGCGUGCCCGUAAGAUCCAGCGUUUCAUGUCGCAGCCUUUCCAGGUCGCCGAGAUCUUCACUGGUAUCCAGGGCAAGCUUGUCCCCCUUAAGGACACCAUCACCGCCUUUGAGCGUAUCCUCAACGGCGAGUUUGACCACGUCCCCGAGAACUCGUUCUACAUGGUCGGCGGCAUCGACGAUGUCCUUGCCAAGUUCGAGAAGGAGCAGAAGGAGCAGGCUUAAGGGUCGUAAAUAGGCUCUACCUACAUAUGCACGGAAAGUGAACUGAGA